GGUACAAAAAGAGAUAUCUAUAGCGGUACGAUAGGUAGGAUAUAGUGACAAGAGAAUCGGAAAGUUGCAGCAGGUGAAGAGAAUAGCAGAUGCUAUGGGCGUCAUAAAAAGCUGAAAGUCAAGGCUGAUCGUAGGCGUGUUAGCCCUAUGGCACAUAAGAGUCAAAGUGGAGACUGAGUAAAGAGCGAAUUGCCAUUAGUGUUUUAAUAAAAAAAAGGCCCUGUUCUUUCCUUUCAAAGAAGUGCAGUUUUUUCUCGGUGGGCGUAUAACAGGCCGCGUUAUCAUCCGUUCGCAAAUUCACGUGUACUUAUGUACACAUAUAUGCUCAACUCCAUUUUACAACUGCCUAAUGUACUUGAUUGGCUGCUAAGGAAUACAGAUCUUGUUUCUGGCUGUAGUAGCGAAGCAGCUGAGAUUUCUCUGUUUCUCAGAUAAUUUAUUGAAAGUGAAAGCAUUGUUUUGCGGACAUUUGUGACUGUAUGCGCGCGCUUUGUUACAUUUAGAAUAGAGGCUUGAAAGAUAUCCUUCAUUGGCAUCAAUUCUCAAACACUGAUUGACGAAAAAACUAAAUCUUAUAAAUCCUGUCCGAUAUAUCAAGCUUGUGGAACUUUUCUCUCCUUUUUCGCAAAGCCAUUUGUAAUUGCUUUGUCUAUCUUCCCUGCAUACGUCAUCGAUGGUUGACGGUUGACGCACAAUCUGACGGAGGCUCUGUGCGAGUGUGUAUGGGUGUGCGUCUGCAGGCGCAUAUGUGGUGUGCUGUCCAGUAGCUACCUUGCCUCGCCUCGCCUUACCUUGUGUUUUCUUCGCUACGUGCUUCUUUCCCUUUCUCUCGUUCUUUCUUCUCAUCGUGAUUCAUAAAUCACUGAAGCACGGUGAAAAUUGACUCGCAGAAAAGGUACUGGUUUAACAAAGCAUCAACAAAGGUGCACUUUUUGUAAAACACUCAACAUACGUAUCAUACUGACGAAGGAAAAGAUAAACGCACACGUCAGAAAUGGCUCGAGACUACGAUCAUUUGUUCAAAUUGCUCAUCAUAGGCGAUAGUGGUGUUGGAAAAAGUUCUCUGCUGCUGCGGUUUGCUGACAAUACGUUCAAUGGAAAUUAUAUAACAACAAUAGGAGUGGAUUUUAAAAUCCGUACUGUCGAUGUAGAUGGGGAGAGAGUAAAAUUACAAAUUUGGGACACAGCUGGACAAGAAAGAUUUAGAACAAUAACUUCCACAUACUAUAGAGGAACGCAUGGUGUUAUAGUUGUAUAUGAUGUGACUAGUGGCGAUUCCUUUGCAAAUGUUAAAAGAUGGCUACAUGAAAUUGAACAUAAUUGUGAUGUUGUAGUCAAUAGGAUUUUAGUGGGUAAUAAAAAUGAUGCACCCAAUCAGAAAGUUGUUUUAACAGAAGAUGCACAACGGUUUGCAAAUCAAAUGGGAAUUAAAUUAUUUGAAACUUCUGCCAAGGAUAAUACUAAUGUUGAGGAAAUGUUUAUGGCAAUAACACGAGAAGUUCUUCGCACUAAAAAAGAAAGCAAAGAACGACAGGCUACAAAAACAAAUGAUAUUGUAAAUCUUAGGAAAAGUACUAAACAAAGUAGAAAAAAAUGCUGUUAGCAACAUUGUCGCAUGUUAGAUAAAUUCUGAAACUGAUAUGGUUUUUAUACAACAGUCAAGCAGAGUAAGACAGAGAGCAUGUGUUAUUUAGGGAAUGGACAUGAAAUGCCAUAAACUUUUCAACGUUACCAAAACGACAUGAAUCAACAAUAAUGCAUUUCUUAUUAUAUUUAAAGGUAAAAUGUUUAAUAUCCCACCAUGGUAAUCAAGUUUUGGAAUAGAUAUAUCAUUGUUCUAAACUCCAUUCAUAAAAUUACAAUUUCGCAAAUUAUAUUAUUUAUUUUAUAAAUGUGCAUAAAUUAUUUAUAAAUUUUUUGAAGCUUCCACAAAGGCAAAAUAGUAAGCAAAUAUUCGCCUAAACAUAUUGGGAUCUUUACUAAAUUCAAUUUUGUUUCAUAUUUUAUAAUCUAACAAGGCGUUAGAUAUAAUUUAGAUUUAUGUGUGCUAUUUAUAAAUUGUCGAUGAUUUUUAAAAAUAAAAGAGUAAAAGACAAGAAUUAUUACAAAUGUAUUGUAUGAAGACUUUGAAUACAACGAUUAAUUACUGGUAGUAAAAGUCGCACAAACUAUAUUUAAUGUUUUAUGUUCUCUUUAUCACUAAACCAAAUAAUAAUGCAAUGUUUGUUAGUUAGAUUAUUGUGUAAAUAUAAGGACUUCAAUAUUUUCAAAUAGGGUGCUAUUUGCAUUUCUAAGAUAUUCCCUUAGAGUAUAGUGAUAUAAUAGUGCCCUAUUUAUAUCACUAUAGAUAUUGAAAAUACUUUUUAUUAGAUUUCUGAAAAAUUAUCAACUUUUGUCGCGACUUAUACUAAAAACUAAGAUGUUUCAACAAUUCUCUGAAAAAUUUACAUUGUCCAGAAGUGAAAAAAGCAGGGAAUUACAUUUCAUUAAAAAAAUUUGAAAUUUGUAAACAUUAUUCACAUACACGUGUAGUGUUUGAUAACUGAACUGUAAUAAUUGUGUCUCAGUCCUUGAAAAUGACAGGAGGCAGGCAGACAAGGUCGUAGGAACGUAUACGGUGUCCAACCAUGACAGAAGCUGUCUGUGUUAAUCUGUGAUAAUAGUUAAAUUGCGUCUUCUCUGUACAAAAGGCUAACCAUGAGAAUUUCAUGCUGAUAAAAAUAGCUGCGAAUAGAAAUUUUUAAAUUAGAUCUUUUCGAAAAUUCUUGUAAAAAGUGAAGUGAAGAAGAGCAGCCCUAGGUAAAUUUUGCAGUUUGAGAAUUGUUAGUCGAAGUAAAUGUCAUUUUAUUAAUUGAUUGUUUGAAUUUAAUUGUGUGAAUAACAAUAGACUGAAGUUUUUCUUGUUAACGAAUACAUUUUUGCACAAAUCAUAAGAAUUUUCGAAAAAAUUGUACACAAUAUGUUCUCUUAUUUGUAACUAAUGUGUCUGCUAUGACUUUUGAUUUUAUAUCAUAUAUACAUGUAUAUAAAAUAGAAAUUGUUUUAAAACAGUUAUUGGAAAACUGUUCUACUAGAAAAAUAAUGUACAUAAAUCGUGGAAAAAUAAUUACAUAGCAGUAACAGGCAGUAUUUUGAAGACAUACUCAUAAUCUCAUUGAUUAAAAUAUUGCAGUUUACUAUAUUAAGAUUUAUUACCACAUAAUUAGUUUUUUACUUUUCAUUAAUAACUCAUAUAUGCCCUAUUUGCAUAAUGCCAACGUAAGACAAAAUUUGCUAUGAUGUAAUAAAAUUUUAUUUAAUCAAAACAUUAAGUUUAAUAAUUAUUCUUAUCAACUUUAUUGUAUGCAUGUUUGUAUA